CUCCCGGGAAUCGAACCCGGGUCCCGCUCCGGGUCCGCCCAUCGCCCUCUGCCCUUCCCCGCCGCCAUGCCGGGCCUCCGCCGCCUCCUGACCCUGCUGCUGCUGCUCGCCGCGCUCUGCCCGCCCGCCCUCAGCCUCCGCCAUGACCCCUCCAAGAUCGCCGUGGUGGGCGGCGGGAUCGGCGGCUCGGCCGCCGCGUAUUUCCUGCGGCAGAAGUUCGGCCGCAGCGUGCAGCUGCACGUGCUGGAGAAGGCAGCGCUGGGCGGCCGGCUGGACACGCUGGACAUGGAGGGGGCCGGCUACGAGGUAGGGGGGUCCGUGAUCCACCCUGUCAACCUGCACAUGAAGCAUUUUGUCAAGGAGUUGGGCCUCAUGUCCACCACACACGAGGGCAGCCCCUCAGGUGUUUACAACGGGGAGGAAUUUGUGUUUGAGGAGAGCAGCUGGUCCUUCAUCAACCGCCCCAAAAUGCUGUGGCACUACGGCCUCAACCCCCUGCGCAUGUCCAUGUGGGUGGAGGACAUCCUGGACAAGUUCAUGAGGAUCUACCGGUUCCAGAUGCACGACUACGCCUUCAGCAGCAACGAGCGCCUGCUGCACGCCCUGGGAGGCGACGACUUCACGCGCCUGCUCAACCAGACCAUCGACGAGGCCAUGCAGAAAGCAGGCUUCUCCCAGAAAUUCAUCAACCAGGUGGUGUGCCCGGUCAUGAGGUUUGCUUAUGGCCAAGGGGCUGGUGUCAAUGGCUUUGUAGCUAGUCUCCUUGUGGGCUGGUUGCAGUCAGGCCUUUGGUCUGUGAAAGGGGGGAACAAACUCGUGUGCUCCGGCCUCAUCUACUCCGCCAAGGCCGAGGUUAUCCCGGGAACAGUCGUGUCCAUAGAGCCAAAAACCAGACACAAGCGUGGCGGGGACCCGGUGAAGCUCUACGAGGUCACCUACAACACGUCCUCGGGGCUCACAGCGGACACCUACGACAUCGUCGUCAUCGCGGCCCCGCUCGGCCGCAAGAUGGCCAACAUCACCUUCCGCAACUUUGACCCUCCCAUCCCAGAAUUCCUGAAUCCUUACCACCAGACCGUCACCACCUUGGUGCACGGGCGCUUGAACACCUCCUUCUUUGGCUACCAGGACCCCCAGGCUUUUCACUUUGGGGCCAUUUUCACCACGGACAGCCCCAAACUGUUCAUCAACAGCUUGAACCUGGAGCCUCCCGUUGGGGACACGGGCACGGGCGGGAAGCUGCCGUCGCCGUCGGCCGUCUGGAAGGUGUUUUCCAACGAGGAGCUGACCAAGGAGCAGCUCAAUUUGCUCUUCUCCUCUUACGACUCGGUGAAGGUGAAGCCAUGGUUGGCGUGUCCACAGUACAGCGCUCCUGAGAAGUUCCCUCCUAUUGUCCUGCACGAGCAGCUCUACUACCUGAACGGGCUGGAGCACGCCGCCAGCGCCAUGGAGAUGAGCGCCAUCGCCGCCCGCAACGCCGCCCUGCUCGCCUUCCACCGCUGGCACGGCCACAGCGCCCGCGUCGACCAGGAGGACCUGCACGAGAAGCUCAAAACGGAGCUCUGACACACCCCCAGGGCUUAAGGAACACCAGUGAGCUCUGUGCUGCGCCUCUCCAAGGAGGUGAUUCGUAGGAUCAUGGGAUCCUUACAGCUGGAAGGUCCUUAAGAUCAUCACCUUCAAGAUCUUCAAGAACAUCAAGACCUUUGAGACCAUCAAGAUGCCAUAAUUAACUCUAAUGAACUCCAUACUUGGUCCUUCCAUGGACGAGUUUCAUAGGAUCAUGGGAUCCUUAAGGUUGGAAGAUCUUCACAAUCAUCAAGAUCUUCAAGAUCAUCAAGAUGCCGUAAUUAACUCUAAUGAACUCCAUACUUCGCCCCUCCAAGGAGGUGUUUCGUGGGAUCCUUAAGGUUGGAAGAUCAUCAAGACCUUCAAGAACAUCAAAACCUUCCGCGACUUUCAGGAUCUUCAAGACCUUCCAAGACUUUCAGGAUCUUCAAGACCUUCCAAGACUUUCAGGAUCUUCAUGACCUUCAAGAUCAUCAAGACCUUCAAGAUCAAGACCCUCAAGUCCAACCAUCAGCCCAACCGUGUUCACCAUCAACGAUCUCCUCAAGUGCCGCGUCCAUGCGUUGUUUGGACGCUUCCAAGGGUUGAUGACUCUGUCACAACCAAGGCUGCACAACCCUUCCUUCUGUGACAAAAUUCUUCCCAAUCUCUCAUCUUGAUUUCCCCUGGUGCCACCUGGAAGCUCUCUGGCCAACUCCCGAGGGGGCAGGAGCAGUGAAGUGUUCCCAAGUAAGCCGGGACACUUUCCUCAUGCAAAUUCCUGAGUUUUCCUCAAACUGCUUGAUUUAUCUCUGUCUGAGAUUAGAGAAUUCAUUAAAAGUGCCAUAUUGACCCCUAAA